UCGGGAACUCGGGAUGUCAGUCGGCAACCAUACGUCGACGCGGUAGCAAGGAGAGGUUGUGCUGGUGGAGGUGGUGGUCGCGUCUGUGUGAAGUGUAUCGGUUACAUACUUUUUCCUGGGCAACAAAAAAAUAGGGGCUUUUUUCUGAUCCCCAAGAAAUGUGGCCUUACGUCAAUAGCGCUCCAAAGAAAUUGAAAGUGAUGGGGAGACAGCAGAGGAAGAGCUGCCGUUGAUCUUAACGUAUGAUGAUUCCUUUUGGAGUUUUCCCAGUUUUUUCUCCGUGGACAGUUUGAACGUGGGCCAUAACUUCGCUCAUUUACGAAAAAGGUGUAGAUUCGUUACUGAGGCACUUGGAUUUGUUAUCAUAUACAUGUCAAAAUAGAAGAGAUCUGAUACCAGCCCCGAAAAAAAAAAAAAACAGUUGAACAAAUAAUGGCCAGUUUAGUUACCACAUAACAACCCAAAAGGGAUUUGUUUCGAGACAUUGCCAAAGAAAUAAUUAGAGUAAUCAAGUGAAAUCUAUUCGCGAAAGAAAUUGCAUCUUGUAUUCGUGUGAGGACCUAAUUGAUUUUUCUCAAAAGUGACUGGAAAUGGGGCGGCUACUUCUGUACUGCAUACUUCUGCUCCCAACAAUUACAGCUGUUUCAGCAAUUUGGUCAUAUUUAUCAGGUGAGCUUCAGCUCGAGAAACCGAUUCGCCCAGCCCGUGUGUACGCGUCUGCACCGUCGGGUCUGUACGUGACGAGCGUGCGCAUCUUCUCCGACAACUGGUACACCAACUACGACAUCCGGAAUGGCACCUUCAACACCACCUACCUCCAGAACUACAUACCUCGGUACUACCUCUACCAGUCUGGAACCACCGACCACAAGUACUUCUCCAUCGACGAGUACAGUGGGAAUAUCACCACAAACAGAUACAUCGAUCGACUAGAAGGGGAAGAGUACAGAGUCCUUCUGGUGGCUCUGAUCGGGGGACGAGCCAUCAACCAGGAACUGCCGAUCGUCGUCACCCGAUACAACAAAUAUACGCCGAGACUGGCGUCCGAUCAGUACACGCUAGAAGUGAUCGUCACCGCUACCAGGGGCACGAAACUACUAACGAUCGAAGCCUUUGAUGAAGAUGAGAAAGAUUAUAAUCGCCACAUUCAGUAUUUCCUCUUGGACCCUAAGAAGUACGAUGAAAUCGACUACUUUCUGGAGACACCGACUUGGUCUCCGUUGGACAUCGAUCCCCACACAGGGGACCUCAAGGUCAGGUACCCUUUGGAUAUGUCGAAAUCCCCACUCAGACUCCUCGUUGGGGCUUCUGACUGGGGAUCCCCGCAACGUCAUGUCGUCGCCAAUUUAACUGUUUACAUUAGGGAAAUGUCAGAACCAAGAAACGUAACAGUGCAGAACACAACUGAAUCAAGUGUAAAUGUCUGUUGGUAUGCUCCAUCCCAUGGAUCACCAGACGGUUAUAUUUUGACUUACACUCCUACUGUCUUGCAUAGAAGGAUUUAUGAACAAGGAGCUGUCAACUUUACACUUGAACAGUUGAAUGUGUUGGUCGAGAAGGCUGCACUCAACAUUACCCAUUGGUAUGGUUACGGCCCAAACUUUUGGCCCAUAGGUUGGCAUGGAGGUCCAUAUAACCAGAGCUAUCUACAACAAUAUGGCACUAGCUACUGGUCUACCAUGCUUAGCAAAGAAUUUAACAAAACAGGUAACAGGCAGCAGUACAACCAGACAUACAACUCGGGUAUCCCUUAUGGUGGUUACUCAAGAAAUAUGAGUGGUAUCCCUCCAGGGUCAUUUGUGCCUGGUUACCAAUAUGGCCUUGGUCAACCAUUUAUUCCUGGUCAGGGUUAUCGGCUCGACUAUCGAUACGGCCCUGGUCAGCGCUACGGUGCCGGUUACCGAUAUGGUCCUGGUCAUCGCUAUGGCCCAGGUCAUCGCUAUGGGCCUGGUCAACGCUAUGGAUUUGGUCGUCGCUACGAACCUGGUCAACGUUUUGGUCAACCCCGACGUUAUGGUCAGCGCUAUGGAAAUGGCCACCGCUUUGAGAACGGCAUGCGUUAUGAUUCUAACAAUUAUGAUAAUGGUUAUCGCUAUGGUUCUGGCUAUCGUUACGGGCCUGGUUAUCGCUACGGUCCUGGAUACCAGUUUGGUUUAGAAUUGCCGUUUGGUCAGUUUCCACUCUUUGGUCCUGGCUACCGAUAUCUUAACCGUACAGGAACUAAUUAUAAAUAUACUGUCAAUUUUGAUCCAAGCUACAGGUUCAACCCCAAUUACACUCAUCAUACACCGUAUCGAUAUCAUCCAGCAAUUGUCGGUGAUGACUAUGACGAAUUAACUAAUUUCACAGAGCCUUUGGAACCUGACGAGAUUUACACAGCAACAGAUUACACAGGCUCACUUCAGAGGACUACUGCCAACUUUACAAGGAUAUCAAGUUUUGGACCAGCUUACAGAGGUACUCACAGGGGAUACCCAGUUGACAUGGCUGGUAAUUUUACAGGACCUCAAGGGGUUGGCCCCAUUUACGUAACUGAUCGUCCAGACAGGGUAUUGUUUGAAAGAAGAGAGCCUCCUGUUACAAAUUUGACCCAUCCUCAGGGCCUUGGUCCGACUUAUGUUCCCCCAGACUUUGAUAGAACUCAGACUGAUUUAGAAAAAUAUAAAAACUUUACAUAUCCUCAAGGAACUUCCCAAAGUGUCAGACCUGGUUAUAAGCCAAACAGGUAUGACACAUAUCCAUACCCAUUUAGAACAGGAUAUGAACAGUAUGAUGAAAAACAUCGAGGAAUGGUUGACGAAAAGGGUUACUUACCUGUGGGUUUUGAUUCGAGACGAUACCCAGCGGGUACAUUUAACCGCACUCACCCUCAGAGACUGGGUUCAAAAUAUACCCCUACCUUAGAAAACAUGGGUUUUAGAAGUGGCCAAAGAAACAUUACCCACCCCCAGAGAGUGAGGCCUAGUUAUGCACCUCCUGCCUAUGAAAAAGAAGUCAAGGUUUAUGAGAGAGGAAAUUAUAAUCUUACUCAUUCUCAGAGAUUUGGUCAGACAUACAGACCAACAUAUGCAGGCUCACAAAGAGGUAUCCUGAACCUUACACAUACCAAUGGUUACCGCCUGAUGCCUAUAGUCUCUUUUUGGGAUUAUCAGAAUAAUGCCUUCAACCUUACCCUGGAGGAACUGAAUGCCAAGCUGGAGAAGGGAUCAUUGAACCUAACACUUGAUCAAGUAAACGUAACGCACCAACUGCUUCAGUCACACAACCAUUCACUGAGUGGCAAGGGGAUGUUAGCAGAGGGUGUGGUGGAAAUGCAUAGGUACUGCGCCCCCAUUGGUGGUUUAGCUAAGUGGACUGAGUAUGUUGUGGGUGUGCGAGCAUGGAGAGCUGAGCAGAUAUCUCUUCCAGCCACACCUGGAAUUGCUAGUACAACCAAUAAUUUCUGUGCCAACGGUACAUGUGGGCAUGGCAACUGUACCCUUCACAUCGAAUCCCCGGGUUAUACGUGUUACUGUCAUCCGGGUUACUACGGUGAAAACUGCCAGUAUCACAACCCCUGUCUCCCGGAGAACCCCUGUCUACACUUUGGCCGCUGCGUCAAUAUCUCCCACGGCACCUUCAGGUGCGAGUGCCCUCCUGGCUUUUACGGACCAAACUGCACUCUGAUCGAUCCGUGUUCUGCGGUGUCCGUCAGCCCUUGUUUCAAUGGUGGAACUUGUAUCAGGAGAAGCCACGUUCUUAGACGUUUUGGCCACGAGAACAAAGAAUACAGGUGUAUAUGUCCGAAAGGUUUCUUUGGGGAAAUGUGUGAAGGGUACGACCCGUGUUCGACGAAUCCCUGUUACUACGGCGCUUGGUGUACGAAUCUGACCAAUACGGAUUUCAUUUGCCAUUGUUCGCCUGGAUACGAAGGAGUCCUGUGUGAGGUGGAUACAGACGAGUGCAGCAGUGCCCCCUGCAGCAAUGGUGCCACCUGCGUUGAUGGUGUGGCGUCCUUAACCUGCCGUUGCUCCCCUGGAUACACAGGCACUUUUUGUGAAGUCGAAAUCGAUGAGUGUUCGUCCAGCCCUUGCGAGAGAGGCGCUUGCACCGACAAGUUCAACGACUUCGUGUGCGAUUGCCCCGAGGGCUGGGGCGGGAAAACUUGCAGUGAGGAUCUAGACGAGUGCGCGUCCUCCCCGUGCCUGAACGGGGCCACGUGUUUUGACGGCGUGGCUUCUUUCUUGUGUGACUGUGCUUUGGGAUACAGUGGUCCGAAUUGUGCCAUUGCAGAGUCCUGCCCUGCCCAGACAACGAUCCUCAAUACUGGUGAGUUCCAGUGGCCAGCAGUGCGUCAUGGUGAAGUUGCCGCUCUCACUUGUCCUUACGGGAUCACAACUGCAGCGGCGAAGUUACUUGCAGGCGAGCCAGCUACAGAGAUGCCCCAUACAACAGAAGCUUCAAUUGUUUCAUCAAAUUCUGGGAAAAGCCUUUUGCAAAGGACGAUACUUAGUUAUGAGGAGGAUGAAAUGGUGGCUACAUCUGAUCACAAAAAUGAAAGAGAUUUAUUUACUACAGUCAGCCCUCCAUUUGUUGAUUCUCAUCAUGUACACAGUCAGCCUACUGUUACACCACAUUACUCUUCCCCUAGUCCAGCAACAGUUUCCUUACAGCAUACUUCUCAACGUCCUUCUGCUGUUUCCUCACAGUAUCCUUCUCGUAUUCUUCCAACUGUUUCUUCACAUGCCUCACAAAAUCGUCCAUCUGUUUCAUCACAGCACCAUUUCAGAAGUCAUUCAGCUACUCAACAACAGCGUAUGGAUCAUAGGUCUUCACCUGUUCAUUCAAGACAUUUUAGUUUUAAACCUACAGCGGUUCAGCCCCGACAUCGUAGCCAUAGCCAUCAUACUAUUCAUCCUCCUAUCACUGGAGGCUAUACAACCCAUGCAGAGUGGGAAGGUGGAAUGAUUCACAUCAACCGAAGAGCAAGAAAUGCAGAUCUGCCUCUUGAUGAAAAAAAUGUCGAUGCUUCUGUCAGUCCAAGGACAAGUGAACGAGAGGACAAAUUGGGAGAACGACGACGUAUGAUAUCCUCUCGGAUCAGAGGUACAUCAAGAAAAGGGAGGCCUCAAAGACGAAGGCAGCAAGUUGAUUCUGAGCAAAUCCAAGGAAGGGAGGAAUCGCAUAUGCAUUCUGAUUCACGAGGAGGCAGGCAAAUCAAUCCCCAGAGAGUUCAGAGAAAUCAUUUUGGUUUGCAGAGACAGACCCCUGUCAGUAAGAGACCUGUCAAGUUAUCAGGCAUUGGUGAAAAACCUGCCGAACUUCCUCGCAUUGGUGAGAAACCUGUUGAGGUUCCAUUGAUUGGUGAAAAGCUUGCUGAAUAUCCACGUAUUGGAGAAAAUCCUGUAGUUCACCGUAUUGGAGAGAAACCUGUCGAACAUCCAUACACUGAGAAAACUGUUGAGCUUCCCCGUAUUGGUGAGAAACCUGCAGUACUUCCUCGUAUUGGUGAAAAUCUUGCAGAACUCACUCGUAUUGGAGAGAAACCUGCAGAACUUCAUCAUAUUAGUGAGAAACCUGCAGAACCCCCACGUAUUGGUGAAAAAUUUGUUGAACUUCCUCGCAUUGGGGAAACGGCAAUUAAAGAAAAAUCUGCUCCAUUGCCUCAGGGUGAUAAUGAUGGACAGUUGGAAUCUCUUAUUGGUGAACAACAAUUUUCAUCAGCUUUGCAAAGUGCAGAAACUGAGCAGCAUAGAACUAAGAGAAUAGAUCAUUCACUGAUCAAAGGAGAAAUAGCAAUGCAUUCUGACAGUACAAUUGGCGUCAAGCACAAGCAAGAUGGUGAAAAAGAUAAAUAUGUGACAAGGAAAGCUCCACAGAGGUUAUAUAAAACACUGAAGACGGAUGGUAUGGCUGUGCGGAAGUGUGUUUUGCUACCAAAUGGUUCAGUUACGUGGGAGAUACCCGAUACAAAAGCUUGCCGAGAUAGGGCGACCCUAACGGCUGAAAAUGCAACAAGGGAUCUUGCCUCCCUCACUUCAUCCCCUUCCUCAAUUGAUGCUCAGAUGUUUAAACAUGCUGCAAAACAACUAGCCAAGCUUGUAGAACACGCACUUAUUGACUCUACAGUUGCCAACAGCAUGGUGUCAGUCAUAAGCAAUAUGAUGGAGGUCAAUGACUCUGUGUUGGCAGCAGAUGAGCAAGGCAAUUCAACCAACCAGCUGGUUAACACUAUUAACACGCUUACCAGAAAUGUUCCUCUUGAUGUUGGAGAAACAGUGGAAUUCAGAUCAAAUAAUUUGGUGUUGGAAGCGAGGCUGAUGAAGGUUUCCGACAAUGCUGUCACUUUUCGACCCCACUUGAACGACGAUAAUGGCGAUGACGCAAUACCUAUCGACAGCAGGAAGAAACGGGAAGCCAAUUCCUCAGCCCCUACCCCACCAACGGAACCAUACCUCAUGUUACCCUCUCAAGUUUUGUCAAUGGCUGAAACGGAAAAUGUGCGACUGGAGUUCGCAUCUUAUGGCAAUGACAAAUUCUUCCGUGGUGGCAGGUCCGUUGGCAUGCCAGUGUUAUCGGCCAAAGUCACGGAUUCUGCCAUUAGCAACUUAUCUGAUCCAGUUGUCUAUUACAUACCCACUGACGCGAAUGUCGCUGUAUUCCAGCCCAGCUGCGUCUAUUGGGACGAGCAAGUACGUGAUUGGGUGAGUGACGGCGUGAAGACUGUGGUGACAGAGGGUGUCAUUACCUGCGAAGCCACCCAUUUGACAGCCUUUUCUGUCCUCCUGGAUCCCAUGCCAGCCCACUUAGGCGUCCACGAGGAUGCUCUGUCCGUCAUCACUUACGUCGGUCUUGCUUUAAGCACAGCUGGAUUAGCCAUUACUGUUGCAACGUACGCAAUCUUCAGAAACCUGAAUCGAGACCGAAGUGGGAAGAUUGUGAUGAAUCUGUCCCUCGCCCUUCUGCUCCUCAACCUGGUCUUCCUGUGCGCCACCUUCAUAGAGCCUCCCUCGGUCCUCUGCACUGUUUUCGCAGCUUCACUUCACUACCUGGUGAUCUCUGCUUUUGCCUGGAUGUUGGUCGAGGGCACCAACAUGUAUCAGCUUCUCAUAACUGUCUUUGCAUCGGCUGAAACUCAUUUCAUGGCCAAACGGGUUGUGGCUGCCUGGGGUAUUCCUGUUAUUGCAGUCGUCAUAGCUUUGGCUGUUGACAUCGAUGUUUAUGGGGACAAGGAACGAAAUUUCUGCGUUAUCAACCCAGCCCACAGUCCUGCAGUUUAUUAUUCUACUUACAUGGGCCCUAUAUGCCUUGUGCUUCUGGUGAACUGCAUCGUGUUUGUAAUGGUGACUCGUGUGUUAUGUCAGCGGAGGCCACGCUCAAAGGCACAGUCCCCAGCAGGCUCUCCGCGCAAAGAAUCAGCAGUUACACUUGCACAGGUACGAGGAGCUGUGACAGUUGUGGCUUUACUUGGUGUGACCUGGGUUGCGGGAGCAUUUAGUGUUGGUUGGGCUCGUUUACCUCUUCAGUACAUCUUUUGUCUAACAACCCCACUCCAAGGUCUCAUCAUCUUCAUAGUGCGCGUAGCACAACACCCCGAAGCUCGUGCUUCCUGGAUAACACUUCUCAAGACAGGUACCCUUAGGCGACGACCUCCAACCACGCACACUCAUUCUACUCAUUCCUCUGGGCACACACAUUCAACAACGUCCACUGCCCAAACCCCACCCAGGAAUAAUCAUUCUUCCUCUAGAACUCGAUCUACUCGUGCUUCACCAGCUUCUUCACAGAAGACACCGACAUCCAUCCAAACAAACGGUUCAUUGAAGCACAGGAAACUGGAUAAUGGCACGAUUAAAAAAGCUGUAGACGAACAAGAGCCAAAAAUAGUUGAAAAUGAUGAAACAGACCCUAGUAUGGGCUCAAUUUUUUCUCGAAUUGUAAAGCGACUGAGUCUAAGAAACCCAGACCCAUAUCCCAGGGAUUUUUUUGAUGAUGCAAAAUCCAGAGCCAUCAAAUCUCAGGAGAAUGCGCUUGAAAAUGAUGCACCUAUUGCUAUCUCCAGUCAGGAUUACCCACUGCAUACAGUCCAGCGAGAUUCUUUUACAAAACCAUUUAAACAAGAUUCUUUUUAUCAAAGUAGUGGGAAUGGAACAUUGCACCGCCCACAUUCUCUGGCACUACUCCGGAGUGGUAAUCACGAGGACCUAUCACCCAAACCACCAACUUCAUUUGCAGAAAAAUAUUUUGCUUCUGAAAUUCCUUCCCUCCUCGCCUCGAAUGUUCACCCACAGACUCUCUUGGAUGCUGGAGUUCCGGCUUCCAUGAUACCAAGGCGGUCUCUGGGUUCUCUUCUGUUACUGACAGAUGGUAAAGAGGGAGACGAUUCCUCAUGGCAUUUUGUCCGGCCACCACCUGAUGGACGUAGUGAUCCUGUGAUUGAAAUGGAAGCUGAUCCAGAUGGACAUGUCCCUCCAAGUUGCGAGAAAAUUGUCAGUAACGAUGAAAAAAAGGGGCUCUCGCCGAGUGAAACUUCAAACAGUAGUAGCUGCAUUGUUCUUGCAGGUCAGCGGAUACUAACAGAUAACUCUCCAGUUAUUUACUCUGGACAGCAGCAACCAAUGUUUCCACAUUCAGUUCUAACAAGAGCAAGUAGUGAACUGCACAUGGGAUCCCCACAGAUUAAUGCAGCUGAUUUGAGGCGUUCUUCGUCCGUAUUCACUCUUGGGGAAUGGGAAGAUCCGAGAUCAUCGCAGGCAUGACUCCAUGAUGGAUCAGCACGUUUUUGAGUUCAGACGCGAUCAGAUCACACUUCUCCUGUGUUCUGUGAAACGGCUAGUUUUUUGGUCUCUCGGAUAGCAGGUUAGAUAUUUUGUAGCAUCGAGGCCAUUGCCAUGAAGUAAUCAAUCUAAGUGAUACUUCUUUUUUGUGAAAAAUAUUCUGAUUACCUGCUGUAGUGAUUAAUAGUUUUGCUAUUGAUACUUUCCAGUGGAGUUUAUGGUUCCAUAUAUUGCAGCAAUGAGUGUUUGUAAAUAGGGUACAAAUUCAUAGAUGUGGAAACAUUCAUUCAUGUUAGUACAAAUGUAAAAUGUUUCCUUCCUACAGUGUGAACUAUGCUAAGAUUAGUUAUCCAAAUCCAACAGGUGCUAUAGACAUGUUGUAUGUAAACAUGUCAUACUCUAUAGGGUAGAAUUUUAUGUCAAAUAUUGCCAUAGUAGAUUACCCUUUCAUAGUUAAGCUAUGUAAGUAAGCUGAAGGCAUGUUUCGUGUUCUACACUUUUAAACAUGACCUACAAAUGAUCGUUGGUGUGUCUUGAUUAUCAUCAAUUAUUACUUAAUGUUAUUAUUCUCAGAAAUGUUGAUUGCAUCGCUAAAGCUCUCAUAGUUUUCUCUUGAGGUUAAUUUCAGGGGAGUGAUAUUGUGGUUGUUAUAUAACCAAAAGCAAAAUGAAAUUGCAAGUGCAUUGAGAUGCAAUGCCUUCAUAGUACUGAGAGUGUUUGCACAAAGAAACAGCAGAAGGUAUUUGUUUGUUAUAAGAAUAAUGGGAAAUGUUGACAGCCAAAAGACAUUAGGGGUAACAAAACUCUGGCUAGCACUUGUGCAUGAACAGUGCAUAUUUAAUAGAAUGAUGUAUCCACUAGCAGGGAGUUUUAUUAGUAUAUAUUAUACUUGCCAAAUGUAUAGUAGUUCAUUCGAGUUGAAUCAAAAGGAAUUUGUCAGAAUGCUUCGCAUCUGGCAGAAAGCUAGUCUGUUACUGUGUCUUGGUAUGAGACGAAUGUUACACCAAGGCAUUGUUGUGAAUAGUACUGUAUAAUGUUAUAGUAUGACAGGUUAUCCUAACCCAGAUAUUUUAGUAUUAUGUGAAAUAAGAAUGCUGUAGACGGAUUAAGUGUGAUAGUUGAGGAUCACUUUAAUUCAGUCUGCAAAUGCGAAACCUGCACGGCAUCUCAGAUCAACAAGAAGUUAAUCUGCCAAAACACAACAAACGCAUUCAGAAAACAAACAACGACAGUUUUCUGGUGCAGUUUGGGAGACGAAUUAAGAAUGCCUUGUAAACCAAUAGCUUUUAACUAUAUUUUCUCAAGUUAUUAGGAGUCAGUAAUUAGUAUUUAAUAUAAAUAUGUGGCUUAGGAUGGCUAGGUCUAGUUAUUUGAAGAUUCUAUGUAUGAAUGUAAUAUACUUUUAUGUUACCUAA